AUUAGCAGGAGCAUCAGUUUGAACCCUCAUUAGACCAUCAUCUUCUGAGAAGGGAAUAAGUAAAGACUCACCAUGGGGGACGCAGAAAUGGAGUGUUUUGGCCCGGCGGCCGCUUACCUCCGGAAGCCAGAACGAGAGAGACUUGAGGCUCAAACAAUUCCCUUUGAUGCUAAAUCAGCGUACUUUGUGACCGAGCCUGCAGAGAUGUUCCUCAAGGGGAAACUUGUGAAGAAAGAGGGGGGGAAAGCCACCGUGGAGACCCUCUGUGGAAAGACUAUCACUGUUAAAGACACUGAAAUCUUCUCCAUGAACCCUCCGAAGUACGAUAAGAUUGAGGACAUGGUCAUGAUGACCCACCUCAGUGAACCUUCUGUGCUGUAUAACCUCAAAGAGCGCUAUGCAGCAUGGAUGAUCUACACCUACUCAGGGCUGUUCUGCGUCANACUGUAA